AUGGCGGAUGUACUAAGCGAUGUCGCUAUUAUUGGCGCCGGACUCGGCGGAGCUGCUCUUGCAAUUGCUCUCAGCCGAAGAGGCAUUCCUUGCCGAAUAUACGAGUCUAGGAGCGAAGAUUCUGAGACAUUUGGCAGUGGAGUGACUUUAGGACCAAACGGAUGUCGUGUCCUUGAUAGACUUGGUAUUCUGCCGCGGGUGGCAACCCAGAGUUAUCAGACAGAGUACCAUGUCUUGAAAGACGCCGAAGGUACCACAGUGAAUAAGACAAAUCUGGCCAUGGAAAGACUCUAUGGGUACAAAGGGCUUCGAAUUUACCGCCAGGCCCUGAAGCAAGAAUUAAGAGCGGUUUUGAAAGAGCAUUCCGUCCGUGUUGAGUACGAUGUGAAAUUUGAAAAGGUGAUUGAGGAGGCCGAAGAUAGUGUUACCUUCCUCGUCAGCGGUCGAACGGAGCGCGCCUCCUUGUUGAUUGGGGCUGAUGGAAUUCACUCGACCGUGCGCAAGCAUCUUACCUCGGCGGUACCUGACUACAUGGGUCUGAUCUGUAUCUACGGUCAUCUACCAACAGAUCGUGUUCCGUGGCUGAUUGAAGAAGCCGAGAAAUCUUGCACCAUUCAAGAUGAUCCGGGGGCUUUAUUCAUGAUUCCCGAACUGCAUGAUGGAUCCGAUUUGAUGGUUGGUCGACAAUUUCCUCAUCCGGCACUUGAUCGUGCUGGCUGGAACGCCUUGGCGGAAGACAAAGACAAACUUUACGCUCUGAUGUGUAAGGAUUACGAGCGAUGGGGGCUUCCAGCAAAAUAUCUCAUGGAACUACUGUCAACAAGGAAAGAGGGGCUACUACUCUGGCCGUUCUACCGUAUGCCGAAGCUUCCACGCUGGGCAUCGUCAGCUGGACGGGUCAUUCUCAUUGGCGACGCGGCCCAUGCAAUGCCUCCUUCCUCAGGCCAAGGUGUCAAUCAAGCACUGGAGGACGCUUCUACGCUAGCUGUUCUAUUGAGCUCUUUACAUGGCCCGACAUCCCUCAACAAGACGCUAGACUUCUGGUGGAAUCUGCGCCAACCUAGAAUCGAUGCAAUUCUCAAGAUGACCGAUGAAACAAACAAGAAGAGGCUGUCCAAGUCCCAGAGAUUGGUUCUGGAACAAGGAAUGGGGAUCACAGUCAGUACGAGCAGCCAUCCGAUGAUCUAA